UUAUGUGGGUAAGCACAUGGGUAUUGUCUUGACAUCAUUUUCGGCACAGGCAUUAUGGGCCAAAGGGCCCGUUCCUAUGCUGUACUGUUCUAUGAUUUAUGUUCUAUGUUAAUGCACUAUCACUGUAGUAUGUUCUCCCAAGAAACAUUACCUAUCCAUUCCUUCACAGAUGCUGCCAGACCCACCGAGUUCCUCCAGCACUUUGUGUUUGACGCAAGAUUCCAAUGUCUGCAGUUCCUCGUAGCUCUCAUUAAUCUUAUUUUCAAUUCCACAAUUCAACUGUUGGUGGGGGGUGGGAGAGUUUCCAAAAUCCUUCAAUGUCCAUUCCAUUUCCUCCUCCAGAAUUUCAGUCACCAAAAUGUUAAACUCCUCUGAGUCUCCCUUCUGCUGAUUUUUUUUAAAGCACAAUUUGUACAAUGAAGAUAUGUGGCAAAUUAAACCAUGUUUAACGUCACUGCACGUUGGGUAAAUUUCACAGGGUGUUGUAAAUUUUAAUGUCAGUUCCACCAUGUGUUGUGUUAAAAUGACUGUUAAUUCUGCCAAGUGGCAAUUCUACAUUUUACCAGCGCUGUGUUACAUUUAUUGUUAAACGGUGUUGUUAAUUUCACUUUUACUUUCACUGUUAAAUCUCUCAUGUUGAUAUCACACUUAAUCUCAUGGAUUUUAAUUUCCAUUGUUGUGAUAAUUUCACAGAUAUUAAUUUCACAAUAUGAAGACCCAAUGCUCCUGCUAAUGUAAUCUUGCGUUCUGUUAAUCUCACUAAUUCCACCAUGCAUUGUGCUAAUUGCACUGUAAAUUUGAAAAUUGUGUUAAUUUCACUGUUGAUAUAAUUGUUUUUUAUGUUAAUUUAAUCUUUAAUUCCACCAUAGAUCGUGUUAAUUGUACCGUUAAUGACACAAACGUGUCGUGUUAAUUUCACUUAAUAUAAAAUCACUUAAUUUUAACGUUAGUUCCAUCGCGUAUAGCGAUAAUUGCAAUAAUUUCAUGUGUUCAUUCAUGUGACCAAAAAUCGUCGUUAAUUUCACAAUAUUUGUUAAUUUUUGAGCGCCGUGUGUUGAUUUUUCCGCCUUUUGUGGUCAGUCUUUGAAUUAGAUAUUUGCAAGUUGCAGAGUCCUGUGUCCGUUUUUGAUACCAGUAAUGUUUGUCUUUUUUUUCCCCUGUGUGCAAAGUGAGCCUUGCCGGGGUCCGCCCCGACAUGCGCUUUAGCGGCAGCUGCCAGUCUUCGGAGCCGCCUCCUUCGCCCGGUGAGUGGGGGAGAGAAACCGCAGAGCUCGGCAUCGCCAUCCUCUGUUGCUGGGUUUGUGCACGCUGCGCGCAGAGCGUUUCCGAACACAACCCGAUCCGAGCCGGGCUUCCAGGACACCGGAGAGAUGAAAGAUCGCACCCAGGAGUUGCGGGCUGCAAAGGACAGCGAUGAUGAUGAUGAAGUCAGCGUUAACGUGGACAGGGACCACUUCAUGGAUGAGUUCUUUGAGCAGGUUGAAGAAAUUCGACAAUUCAUAGACAAGAUCUCUGAGAAUGUGGAAGAGGUGAAAAGGAAACACAGUGCGAUUCUCGCUGCACCAAACCCGGAUGAAAAAACAAAGGAGGAAUUAGAAGAACUGAUGACGGAUAUUAAGAAGACAGCAAAUAAGGUCCGCUCCAAGUUAAAGAGUAUUGAACAAAGCAUAGAGCAAGAGGAGGGACAGAACAGAUCCUCGGCUGACUUGAGAAUACGCAAGACACAGCAUUCUACACUGUCUCGUAAAUUUGUGGAAGUGAUGUCUGAGUACAAUGGCACACAGACCGACUACAGGGAGCGUUGCAAAGGACGAAUCCAACGCCAACUUGAAAUCACUGGAAGAACGACCACAAAUGAGGAGCUGGAAGACAUGCUGGAGAGUGGGAAUCCUGCUAUCUUCACAUCAGGGAUCAUAAUGGAUUCCAACAUCACGAAGCAGGCUCUAAAUGAGAUUGAAACGCGACAUCAUGAGAUCAUCAAACUGGAGAACUGUAUUCGCGAGCUGCACGAUAUGUUCAUGGACAUGGCAAUGCUGGUGGAAAGCCAGGGAGAGAUGAUAGACAGGAUCGAAUACAACGUCGAGCACUCAGUUGACUACGUAGAGAGGGCAGUGUCUGACACAAAAAAGGCGGUUAAGUACCAGAGUAAAGCGCGCCGGAAGAAGAUCAUGAUCAUUAUAUGCUGUGUGGUGCUGGGGGUCGUCAUUGCCUCCACAGUUGGGGGAGUGUUUGGAUUUUGAGAAACACAACAUAGGAAAGAAUCUACCAAUGUGAUGUGGGCUUUUCAGCCACUUUGUGGGAUGAAGUGACUUUCACUCGGUAUCACUGAGAAAAGUUCCUCUGCAUGACUAUCUAGCAUUACUUCCUUUACUGGUCCUGCUCUUUCUGGCUGUUAAGGUAUGGUAACAUUUUUUUUUUUCCUCUUUUUUCUUUUUCAAUGAUGCUCUGUUUGCCAUAAACACAAGAAAAUUUGGCCCUGGGAAAAAACAAAACUCUUCACAUUUAAAGGGAUUGAUCUUAACCCAUUUGAUUGCCAAAGCCAAAGAAAGCCCAGUAAACACCAACAGACACAACGGCUGGAGUCGGCAUUUUGUAAGAUACUGAUCACAAAAUGGCAAUAUCUUUUUUUUUUUUUAAACUCAAUUAGUCCCUAAGAGCUUUCAAAUCUUGUCAAGGUUGGAAGAAUGCAGUGAUCGACAUCUCAUCAGCACAAUGAUAUCCACUGGACUAGGCUGCCGGUCAUUAUCCCAACUGCAAGUGUUCUGUGGAAAUUCUAUUUCUUCACAAUAACACUACCAUUGAUGGCGAAAUGAUAUGGUCCAAGAAAGUUCUGCUCUAAAUAUAAGACUCCGUGAUUGCUACUGUUGGUGAGGAGCUGCCAGGCAGUCUUUGAAGUCUCUCUUUUGAUCUCAGCCUUACUCCUUUGCUGAUAACAGUUUUUUAUUCGCUGUCAUUUCUUCAUGUGAAGAAGACUUGCUGAUGAAGAUUCUCAAGUGGUGCUAUCACUCCCCGCAAUGGUAGAGAAAAGGCUGACAAGAUCUGAAGAGUAUCUUUAAAGGAUUCAGCUUUUUUUUCUUUUUUAUUUAAAGUGAAAUGAGGUUGGAACUUUACAAAUGCUAUCAUUUUUAAAAAAUUUAUUUUGGAUUACCAAAACAAAAUAAAAAUCAGGAACUAGGCAGGUGAACCAUCAACUGUUCUACCAAUCAAAAAUAAAUUCUUCCAGCCUUUGAAUUGAACCAGAAACCUUGAGAGACUGUGGAUUUCACACCAGUCUCCGAUAUUGUGAAAGGUAUUUCAGUGAGGAACAGCUUUCUUCUCCUUUAUAUCAUCUGUCCUAAACAGAUGUGGCUCUCGUGUUAACAUCUAUAAAGGGCUUGUGUUUGGAGAUUUUGUACCUCGGCUAUAAUGAGUUUUCCUGCUUUUGAAUUCUAAUUUAUUUUAAUUACCUACAACAUGAAGUCUUUUUUUCUGGCUGUUUUUUUCACUCGAGCUGUUUUGCCAGGAAUACUCGCAAGUCCUCGCCAGCACAGCUGACGUGUAACCCUGUGUAACUAGGUAUCAAAGGGCUUUAAAGAGCAGUUGGUCAAGACUUGCUAGUUUUCAUCAAGCUGCACUCUGGUUUGGCAGCUCCUUGGGUUGUUGAGGUGAUGUCAGUCUGCAAAUGGUGCAGAAAGUUCUGUUGCCAAGUUUCUUCCAGUCUUAGUAAGAAAAACAUUUUAUUUAUGCAAUUUAUGUAUUAACAAAAAUGUAACUGGAUUUUUAAAAUUCCAGCUUUUUGUCUAUUCCAGCAGUGGUGAUGCAAAAAGGCUUCCUACGCAGGGCACUGUCAUAAUACCACUAAUCAAAUCGCCAGAUCGCUCACAUGUGCUUUCCAAAUGUUAUCAUUUUCCAUUUUAGAUUAGCAGUUCUACCAGUUUCUGUUGCAUUCAUGUUACACUCACUAUCAUUCACCUGUUUCCCAUGUUCUCACUCACCAUUACUAUGGAAAUUACUCGAUCCAAAACAUCACCCAUUCCUUCUCUCCAGAGAUGCUGCCUGUCCCACUGGGUUACUCCAGCGUUUUGUGUCUACUAUGGAAAUAAAGAUCCCCCCUUUCUUUUAAUACCACAUUGACCUACUUUACCCCUUCUCCAUAAUAUUUACUUGCAAGUACUUUCCCUUAUAAUUCAGUUGUCAUCGCAGUAUGUUGAGAUAGAUCUGUACCAGGGUUGCUACUGUUUUCACUGUGACUAAGACAGUUGACACAUACUUAGUCCAGUGACACACUGAGCAGUAAUGAGCAUCAGCAAACCAGUUGAUUUACCCUGUAGUCUAAAACGUCUUCAACUGUUUAAUCUGCCAAAUCAGCUUUGACCAAUAUUUGUAACUUCAGUUUAGAAAGGAACUGGAGAUGCUGGUUUAACUGAAGAUAGACACAAAAACCUGAAGUAACUCCGCGGGAAAGGCAGCAUCUCUGGAGAGAAGGAAUGGGUGACGUUUUGGAUUGAGAUCCUUCUCAAACCCGAGCUGAAGAAGGGUCUCGACCCAAAACAUCACCCAUUUCUUCUCUCCAGAGAUGCUGCCUGUCCCGCUGAGUUACUCCAGCUUUUGUGUCUAUCUUUUGUAACUUCAGUGUUUCUUUGCCUUUAUGACUUGGAUAUUCAGUCUUAAUUAACUUAUUGACUGGAAAACAUCCCGUCAGUAAUUGUAAUGAGAACAAAGUCAAUAGAUGUCAGAACACCAUCUGAAAUUUAAGCAGAUUAAGCACAGGAGAGACCUCAAAUAUUGAACAGAAAUUCCCCUGCUGUUCAUGGUAGAUAAAUUGACAGGCCAUGCUUUAACCAUCCAACUUGAGUUGCCUUCCGAAGCUAGAAAUAUCAGAAAUAACAAAUUCAACGUACACCCCUUCAAACAAAAGCAGCGUUAACUGCGUAGUUUGCAUUAUUCACAGAGACUAAAUUCAUGACAUUGCACUGUCACGACUGGGGUUCCUCAUCUGCACAACUAUUAUUGAAACUGCUCUUGUUCCCUUCAGAUAUGUUAACGUCGCUAAUCCGGUGACAGUUGGCUGUUGAUAUGCAGGUUUUGCUGAAAGUAACUGCUCACUUAAGCUCACCAUUGUGAGUAGACUUGGCAGCAACAGAGACCUCUAAUUUUUUUUUUUUGUCAGUUCUGAUGUUUCAGAAUUUUUUCCUGUCUUUUGCACAAUGAGUUGAUCUUUCACCGAUGUGAAACUGUGGGUGAGUGAGGCAUGGCUGAGAUCAGCAGGGAAAGAAUAUUUUCACUUGGGUUAUGCCACCAAAUAGAAUGAGCAAGGUCAUAUCAGGACAGUAAAUAUGAAAAGGAAAUCAAAACCUGGCAGACCUAUUAACAUCUUUCAUGACUUAGCAAGUGACGUCAAAGCCUGUGGGGGAAAAUAAAGACAAGAUUGAGAGUGAGUGAAUAAAAGAAAAAGGAAAAUUGCAGUUCACUUCUAAGAACAGUGCAGAAUAGGAAAUAUGUCACCAGUAUAGAAAGAUCUGGUUAAGCCAUGACACUGAUCACAACCCACCAUUACAGACUAAUUGCAAGACACCUCUGAUGCUCAAGACGCAGCAAAGACUUUGAAUGGAUUCUUCAGAAUAGUGUACACAGGCCAGGAGUAUAGGCACAUUCCAGAGAGACAUGUAAUAAAUAUUGGUGUUUAAGAAAGAACUGCAGAUGCUGGAUAAAUCGAAGAUAGACAAAAAUGCUGGAGAAACUCAGCGGGUGAGGCAGCAUCUAUGGAGUGAAGGAAUAGGUGACCUUUCGGAUCGAGACCCUUCUUUAGACUCCUUCGCUCCAUAGAUGCUACCUCACCCGCUGAGUUUCUCCAGCAUUUUUGUCUACCUGUAAUAAAUAUAGCAAUCAGUAAAUAACAUGUUCCAGAGCAAUUAUAUCGUUCCAAAUUUUCUGGACAGAUGAUAAUGUAUUUGAGAAAUUGAAGGAGAUAUUCCCCAUUGCUAGCUUUAUUUUUUUAAAGUUCCUUUACAAACAGAAUGUGACAAGUUCCCCAGUCCAGCAAAUGUGGUUCCAAUAAACAGAAAAAGGAGUGAGUUGCAACAAUGAUAAUUCAGACCAAUUCCUAAAUAUCACAAAAAAUGAUUUAAGGGCAUUCAGCAUGAUGCAAUCAAUAAACAUCUGGAGAACAGAAGCAUUAAAAUCUGCCAUAACCUGCAAUCGCUCAGAUCAUGCAAAUGGAUCCAGAUGCUCGAAGCCCAUUUUACAAGUCUGAAGCAUCCCAGAUUCCAGCAAUGAGAUUUAGGGAGAGGUAUAUCCUUCACUGUACAUAGAAAAAGCCCCAGAGACCUUGACAGCUGGCAAAGCCUUGUUCCCAGCUAUGUCAGCUGCCAAAGCUAUGCAAAUAUGUAAAUAUUUCAGAAUGCCUCUGAUAUCCAGAAACAUUUAUUUCAUUUUAAUUAGUUAAAAAAUAAAAUUGCUAAAAAUCAGCUGAAAGUAAAUUGUUAAUAUCAUUGAACAAAACAAAAUAUUUUUAAAAAGACACUAGCCUUCCUUCCCCUUUUCAUCUAUCUGCCUUCCGCUUUUCAUUUAUAUCUAUGAGACCAUUUAAAUGGAUAAAUGCUGCCAAUUCUGUUUGUUAAUCAGCAGAUUCCAGUAUGGUUGCAGAAAUGCUACCUGUUGUGAGAUUGCUUGGAGGUAAUAGUGGAGUCAAAAAAAGGUUUUUUAAAUAAAAUGAAAAAUCAGUGUCGAAGGAAGCUGCAGAUUCAUAAAAGAGGCUGUCUAAGUGGAUUGAGAAUUGAUUUUGCACUGGAUGGUCGAUCGAUAAAUGACAAAGUAUUGCUGGAGAACAAAUAGCAAGUGAACUGCCAUAAAUAUCUGAUGUGUUUAACAAUAUUUGUAAGUGGUGCAAAGCACUGGAGUCAUGGCAGACAAUAGAUUAUCUCCAGUAGAUUCAGAUCAAUAGGCUGUUUAUUGAAAUAGAAAGCAGAAUUUCUCCAGAAUAAAUUUUGAGUCACCAUCUAGUAUGAGGUGAUUUUGCACAUAUUUAUUACUAGACCAGCUCCCUGAGGUGGCAUAUAAUAAAGCUCCACAUUUUUGGAAGGUUUUAGUUCAUGGCAGGAAUAUUCAAGAAAGUUUGACACGAACAGGUGUUAAAUGGGUAGAGACUGCUAAAUACUGUCCUUGCCAGGUAUAAUGGUCUCUAAAACAAAGGUUUCCUCUGUUUGUCUCCAGCACUGCAUCUUUCCAUAAAUAUUUAUAAUUUAAAUCCAGAUAGCCAACAGAGAUCUUCCUUUGUUGAAAAGGAAUCAGGCCAGAUCUGUCUUGGGCUGUUGUGUUCAACUCUGUUCAAUGUAGAAUUAAAGUAAUAGAAAUAUAUUGGGUGGGGCAGCAUAAAGUGAAUGAGAUACCAGGGAAGAAUUGAGAAAUCUGAGAUAUUCUUGGAAGAAGGUGAUUUUUUUUGCAGCCAGGAAAGCUGAACAUCAUUCAGAGAUUAUAAAAGUAUGAAAACUACAAACAGAAAAAUUGAUACUCAAAAAUAAUUUGGGAAUUACGUUGCAAGGGAGAAUGGACCUCCCAGAUGGACAUAGGCAUUUGUGUAAUCAAGAAAUGUUUUAGAUGGGAAUGCAAUGUAUAAAAGAGUGGAUUCAGUUUACACACUGAAUAUCUGCUCCUUUGUAAGAUUUAUCAUGCAGGAGCAAUGGACUACAUUGGAGGAGUUAAUGUAAAGGAUAGUUCAAAUGCCCCGAAGUUCUUCUGAAGCACAGUCUUAAAUUUAUAUUCUUAAUGUUAGUCAGCAUUAUGGGAGGCAUCUUCUGCUCCUUCCCCCGACACGUGGGAUGAAGAAGAUUUGAUAUAACCUCUCCCAUGUUCUGCUUUUAUUCAACUAUAUUUUGUACUCAUAGUUGUCAUCAGAGGAUUUGAUUUCAAAGAGAUCUAAAUUAUUUAAAUAAUCUUUGAGCUUCAUUAUUAUUUAUUCCAUACCGCCUUUUUGUGUUGGCCAUAAGUUUGAAGAUUUUUCUGAUUAUAAAGUUAUUCAAGAUCAUUCUUAUUGCUAAUAGAAAAUGUCACAGUACGACUCCAAUUCUAGUGUUCACCAUUACUUUGAACAUGGCCAUUAUAUUUUCACCCACUGUUUUCACAUAUAAAUAAUGACAGAAAAUGAGAUAAUCUCAGAAAAUUAACAUUGAGCAUUCCAUUUGCUAUACUAACUGAAGCCACCUACCAUUUAUCCCUUUACAUGUAUUUUCAACUAUUCUCAUGAUAUUGUGCUCCUUUAAUAUAUUCUGAUAUUGACUGUAGGUUUAAUUUUUUCUUGUGGUUGUAGUCAUAAAUCAUACAUUGCAGACACAGGUCCUUCAGCCCACCCAGUUCAUUUUCACUAUAAAGCAUCCAUUUACACUAAUCCUACUAUAGACUCAUUUUAUUCUCCCCACAUUCACAUCAACUACCCCAGAUUCUACCACUCACUGAUCCAAUACACAGUGGCCGAUUAACAUUUGGAAUAUUGGAGGGAAUCUGAGCAUACAGGAGAAACCCACAUGGUCAGAGGGAGAACAUGCACACUCCACACAGACAUCAGCAGAGGUUGCGAUUGAGCCCAGGUCAUUGGAGCAGUGAGGCAGCGGAUCUACUACAUUGUUGUAUUGUCCAAUAUGCAAUUCCUUAAAUACUUCGCUAUUUUUAGGCUGAGCUCUAAAUCUUCAUUAUUAAUGAUAUACCUCAGUAUAUUUCCCUCAAUCAUUGAGUACUAACUUAUUUUCCCUUUAGCUUCUUCUCCAUAAUAUGUAUGAUGUUGUGAUACAAGUUUAGCUGAAAACAAGACAUGUUUUUGAUGAGAUCAUUAACAGUUACAAGGUGUAAAUUACGAGUUGGUUGUGAUGUACGAUGAACCUGGUCCAACCCCAUUUUUCUCAGUUAGUUAAAAAAAUUAACAAGAAGUCAGCAAAAUUAAGUUUUAGUUGUCCCAAGAAAUAGCUUAAUACUGCUUGGAGGUAUAUGAUGAGACUGAUGGAGAAUUGGGAGGAAAAUUUAAUUUGUUACGAGUUGAACAGUACAAAGACAUGUCAUUGAUUGAAUGGGCUGGACUUAAUACAUCUGAAUCUUUUCUUCCCUUUCCAUGCAUUAGUAUCUUCAUAAAUAUUUCAAUACAAUUCAAUCCUGGAUGCUUCCCCAUACAUGAUUAAUGUAGGUAACUUAUCAUUGUUAACGAACAGGCCCAGAAUAAUCAUCAUUAAUAUUAGCACCACACCAGACUAGGAGACAAUCCUUCACCAUUUUGGAGGCAUAUUUUAGAGUUAUUCUUAUCUAGACAAUAUCCAGAAAGUAAAUGCCAAUUAAUGCUCUAACCUCCUUACACGCCUCAUUUAUCCAUCUUGUCAUUGGACUACCUUCCUUAUUGCAGUAUCUCUCCUUCCCGCCCAAAUAUCUGUCCACACUAUUGUCUACACGAUUUAAAUUAAGAGAUGGACUAGAGACAUUUUUGCAAAGCACUUGUAUGUCAGAGUAAGAUUCAUCCACAUCACUACGGCCAUUGACAAGUACAGUAAUAUCAUCCAAAUAGCAAUGAAAUAUGAAGUGAGUGCGUUGAAAUGCAUUGGGAAGCUUUUUAUGCCAAAGCAAGAUAUAAAUCAGAUGGGUUUCAGCUAUGAAGUUCAGAGUUCCUGAAAAUUAUCUGUGAGUGCUGUGCCCCGUAUAAUUUAGCAAUUCAUUUAUUAGUGGAAAGGUCUGGAUUCUUGCCAGGGAGAAGAUGUUGCAGCCAACGUUCAGCGUGGAAUGCUGCCAUAUCAAGCAAUGACUGACAGAUCAUUAAAGUAAAUGGUAUAACUAUGGCUCGGUACUGACAGCCUAUGUACUACAGAUGUCCUUUUAACAACAUAGUAGACCUAUUCAAUUUUACCACCACCCCGGGAUGUCAUCUUACAGCUUUACAAGACAUUUGGAGCACUGUGUACAGUUCAGGUCACCCUGCGAUAGGAAGAGGGAUGAUUUUAUAAACUAAGCAAAAUAAGGCACAGAGCCAUACUUUUUACCCUGAGUAGGGGAGUUUAAAGCUAGAGGGCAUAGGUUUAAGGUGAGAGGGGAGAGCUUUAAAAUGGAUCUAUGGGGGAAUUUGUACAGAGGGUAGUGCAUAUAUGGAACAAGCUGCCAUGGAAAGUAAUAGAGGUGGAUACAAUUACAACGUUUAAAAGACAGGUACUUCGAUAGGAAAGGUCAGCAUCAGACAAGUGGGACUAGCUCAGUUUGGCAACUUGGUCAGCAUGGAAGAGUUGGACAGAAGGCCUGUAGAGCUUUAUGAUCCCAACCUUCAGGCAUUUCUACUCUGCAUUAGAAAGAGAGUGAAAAUAAUAUUUCCCUACUCAAAUUUGCUUCAAUUGUUAUUUCUUUGGUCCUUGGCUUUGGGGUGAAUAUAGCAAAGACUUGUUAUUCAGUCGUGUGCUCGAACACCACAUUUUUCAGAGAAGUGCACGGAGUUGAAAACUGCUGCCAAAGGCUGCUUCAUAACAUGGUAAUAGCAUUGUUACUUUCUGUAGGACAACUAAACAACCUGCAGCUUCUAUCAGUAAUUCUAUGUUUGUGCUACCUAGAGACCAGCUAUGAUCCGUGUCUUCGAGACAUACAAGUAUUACUAUUUUUAAAAAGUAAAUGGACUAGGCAAUGGCUGCAAAGGAACUAGACGUGCAUUUUAGAGUCAUGGUCAUUUACAUCAAUGAGUCCAAUCAUAAUUAAAAUUGUUUAGGCAUAUGAAGUUGUUCACAGGGCACUUGUAAUACAGGAAGGAACUGCAGAUGCAGGUUUACACCAAAGAUUGACACAAAAUGCUGGAGUAACUCAGCGGGUCAGGCAGCAUCUCAAAAUGACUCCUACCAAC